AACUGGUUCCCUCUAUAAUAUGUUUUUAAGUAGUUUGUUGCCUCGCGCAUUUCGUUGUUACAACUUGAAGACCUGAAGAUAGGUAUCUAAUUUUCCCAAUACUUCUACCAGAAUAAUUUGAUCAAAAAUGCCAAAUUAUAAGCUUACCUACUUCAAUGUCACCGGAAGAGCAGAACCUGCGAGAGUUAUGCUUCAUUAUGGUGGAAUUCCUUUUGAAGACGUUCGAAUAGAGCAUGCUGAUUGGCCAAGCAUAAAACCAACAACCCCAUUUGGACAAUUACCAGUUUUGGAAGUUGAUGGUAAGAAGUAUACACAAGGAACCCCUUUGGCUAGAUAUGUGGCCAAUAUUGUUGGUUUGGCAGGAAAAACUAAUGAGGAAAGCUUGGAAAUCGAAAUUGCAGUUAAUAUUGUGUCCGAGCUCUUAAUAACUGCUUAUGAAUUCAAGUAUGAACCUGAUGAAGAAAAGAAGAAGCAGCACUUAAAAAAGCUUAAUGAAUUGAUGGCUAAAUACUUACCAGUUCUUGAUGAAGCUGCAAGGAAAAAUGGAGGUCAUCUUGUUGAGAACAGGCUCACCUGGGCAGAUAUCUUCUUUGUAACAUCUUAUGAAGAUAUAAGAAAUAUACUCAAGAAUAAGGAUAUUGUGGAAGAUUUUUCUGGAUUACAACAUUUGAAGAAGAACGUACUGUCAGAAAAAAAUAUAAGGCAAUAUAUCCAGAACCGACCAAAAAUUCCAACCUUUGUUUACGACCUAAGAAGCGAAGUGUAAUUUUUUAAACAUUAUACAAAAUAUUUAUUUUCAUUUUGUAAAGUUAAUGCCCGAUUUCACCAACGAUACCUAAACAGUUACCUUAUUAAGUAAUUCUUAUCGAUAGGAACUUCCUAAGUCAAUACUUAUAAACAAUAGCGUUUCAUAACUAAAAGAACUGCUUAUCUAGGAAAUUCAUUCCUAGGAAAUGGAGGAAAAGAAAAGAGUUGUAAAUACAUAUAUGACGAAAAAUUAAAGUUAGUUGAAUUGUCAUUAAUGAAAUAAUUUUAAAAUAAAUAAUAUGUUAAAAAUUGCUUUUUAUUAUUAAUUUUUAAUGACACACUUUUAGUGAUAUUAUCAUGAAUGAGUUUUUGAAACACAAAACUAAUUUAUUAGGUACCUACUAGGUAGAAUACAUAAUUUUGUCAAUAGACCUGUAAAAAACUCCAAAUGACUUUCUAUGUUUUCCAGCACAUAUUAUAUUAUUAAUAUAAAAGGUAAUACAAAAUUACAACUAAUAUAUUACAGAAUAACAGAAAAAUUAAGGUAAGAAGCAACUUAUUGACAAACGUCACAAGUGCAUUAGUCAAAAUUGUAAAAAUAUAACCUUACUGUCAACGAUAAGUAAUACCUAGGGCCGGUAUUUCAAUAGCUACUUAAGCUUUUGCUUAGCUAAGCCUGUGUCAAAAGUUAAGGAGAAGCUUAAGCUGGGUGCCGUAUUUCCAUCAUUCUCUUAACUAAACUGAUGCUCAGCUGUAAAGUUAAUUGGUUUGGUACCUCUGAAUACGUCAAAGUGCCAGAGCUAACUGUUCUGAGGUAAAAACCACUACUGUUGACAUUUAAUUUUAUCUUGUCAUCUGUAUCAAUGUUAUUUUUACUUCACUUAAUUUUGUGUACAUGGUACAUGUGUUUUUAGUUUAUUGUCUAUAUUUUCUCUGGUUAUAUUUUUAUUGUUAUUUUGCAUAAGCAAUAGAUCCGUCUUUGAAAUUUUGUUUAUUGGAUAUAUUCCUUAAAAUGUCAAAUUGGAAUGUAAGAUUAUUUUUGUAAAAUAAAUAUACCUACCAAGCAUUGUAGAAAUAAACAAUUUUCAUGUGCCUACACCUUCCAAAAGUAGUAAGAAUUUUAAUAAUCGUUAUUACGAUUAACAAAUUAAUAGAUUAUUAUUUAAUAAUCCAAUAAUAACGUUAUUACUUAAAAGUUGGUUUUCAAAACAACUCUAUAAUUAAUAUUCUAUAAAAAUAACCCCAAAAAACAGAAAACAAAUUUUAAGCAAAGGCUUAAACCAACUCCCGCGCGAGCUUAAAAUUAUUUGGUUUAAGCCUAGGCUUAAGCCUCAAAUUGAAGUGGAAAUACAGGCAUCUAGGCUUAAGCAAAGGCUUAAAGUAAGCUUUGGCUUAAGUGAGGUUGGAAAUACUGGCCCUUAAAGUUUAGGGAGAUCGAAAACCGUAUCCUAACGUAAGGUAAUGCUUAAGCGGUUUAGGUAAUUCUUAUCGUAUGGUGCAAUCCGUUUUAGAGUUAGGAAGUACCUAAACCCACUUAGGUAAUUCUUAAAUAUUUAGGUAUCGUUGGUGAAAUCGGGCAUAAAACACCUAAAACAUUUUUAAUACAAUAUACCUAAGCAAA